AUGGCGGCGUCCAUGCCAAAGCCGCCGACGCCGCCUUCUGAGCAGCGCAGGCCUUCUGUACAGCGGCCGGGCUCGCCCGAGGAGUCCACUCGGCUGUUUGGUGACGAGUCCCUCGCAUCUUCUCGAAAAGCCCGGCGAGAGAAGGCUUCGGCAGAACCAAAGCCGAUUCAAGGCGUGGCGGCAGAGGCGCUUCAGCUCAUGAGCCGCCAGCGCACGGAGCUGACCAAGGCACGCCGGGCCUUGGAGCAAGUCUUAGACACGCGCCGUGAGUCCGACCGAAAGAUGGAGCGCCUCCAGCAGGUCCUGGCGAAGUAUCAGCCGCCAGAGCCGCGAAAGCCCGUCGACAUCGGCGCUGUGAUCACGACGAAGUGGGGCCUGGGGCGCAAGGGUUCGAAGCGUUCUGCAAUCGACACUUGCCUGUUGAAACGGAUCGUGCAGUUUGAGGACACGCCGGGGACUCAUCCGGGCUGCCAAGGUACCGAUAAGGGGGAUCCACUUCAGGAGCAGCCCACCCAUGUCCAGUGCCGUGAAUGGCAAGGCUUUGCCAGCGAGUCUGAAGGCCGGGAACAUUCUAAGGUGAAGAACACCUUCAUUGACGUCCGGCCAGAUUGUGUAGACGAUGACGACUAUGACGACACCGUCUCCGCAGCAGCCUCAAUGAUGAAACAACGGCAGUUCUCUGAGCCGGCGCCGACGCGCCAGUUUUCUUCCCGCCAAACCUCCAGCACCGAAAUGCACGCCCCGAUCUCAAUGCUGGGCCCGAACAGCUUGGUGGAGGAGGAGGAGGACGAGAGCGACGGGUAUGCGAAGGACGACUUGCCCGAUGGCAAGGGGUCUCCAACCCGACAGGAGACGGAAGCGUUAGGCACCUCGCCGAUCAAUCGGCAGGUGACUGAGGUGCACUGGCCCACCUGGGGAAUGGAGACUGCCUACUCAGCACCAUUCGAUCCAAACUUGCUUCCGAUGACUCCAGACCUGCGUCCAGGAGGUCUGCCUCGUGGAAUGCCGACCGAGGCGGCUGAUGCUGGACAGUGGCCACAGGCCUUUCCCUGCGCCGCGGUGCCCAUGGCCGCCGUUCCAGCGGCCAUGCUCCAGGCCCCCGGCGUGCAGGCGGCCGUGAAGCCAGAAGGCUCCAAAGACAUCCCUCCAGACUGGCGAAACAAGACGACCGUGAUGCUCAGAAACUUGCCCAACAAGUACAGCCAGCAGAUGCUGCUGGAGGACUUGAACACGUCGGGCUUUCUGGGAACUUUUGAUUUCCUGUACCUGCCGAUCGACCCGGAGACGAACGCGAAUCGCGGCUACUGCUUCAUCAACUUUACCGACCCCAGCUUCGCUUGGAUGCUGAAGUGCACAUACGAGGGUCGGAAGAUGGGCAGGUUCAAUUCGGACAAGGUGGUGUCAGUCGCCCCCGCAGCACUGCAGGGUUUCGAGGCCAACUAUGCCCACUAUUCCACUGCGCGGGUUAACCGUGGCGACCCCUCCACGCGGCCCCUGUUCCUCCGAGAGUGUGCGGGGGCUGUCACGCAAGACCAGCAAAGACGGCGCGGGGGCAGGCGGAGUCAGGGCAGCCUCAUCGACAUCGCGGCGCGGCAGCAGCGGAAACAGCAGGUCCCUGAGGGCGGCUACAGCAGCUUUCCUGCAGGCACAGGGCCCACGCCGCCCGGGGUGGUGGAGUCAGGCAAGAAGGGUGGGAAGCCGUCCGCUGGCAAAGGGGGCGGGGGAGAGGGCAACCCGCAACCGCGAUUCUGCCCCUUCUGCGGUGGAGAGACCAAGCCCGAUUUCAAGUUCUGCCAGUUCUGCGGGGCCUCCCUUUCUUUCGGCGGCAAGCCGGCGUGA